AUGGCAUCCACACCUGAAGAUGAAGACGCCCUCCCUCGACCUCACUGCCGGCUCUCUCCGGCCACCAGUUCGACUUACUGCGACGGUGCCAUCUGCAUUUUCUCUCUCUCCUCUGCACUAUAUCUCUCUCUCCUCCUCGACGACAAUCUGGGCUUUGCGGUUUCCAGUUCGUUUCUAGUACCACAGCGUGGCCUCAAAGCCAUUAACGGCCACCUCAUCUCCAACACCGAGUCCCGCUCCUUUCUCCCGCCAAACGCCACUGCUGGAGAGUUUGUUUCCAGUCCUCUCUCUCUCUCCGGCGAGAUUCCGAGGAGCAUCGCCAACCUGACUAAGCUUCAGCUCGUACAAUCAAUUUUCCGGUCAGGUUCAGGCGAGCUUCGGCGAUGGACCACGACCUCUUGGAACUCAUCCCCAAGAUGCACCAAUGGGAACGUCUGCACUGUGGUACCGGUGAAGACAUGGUCCCCAUCUACGUCGACAACGAGUUUGGAGAAGGAGUCAUCCCUUAAUUACCUCUCUGUCCAAAUCGCUUACCGGAGUGUUAUUUCCCCAAAUGCCGCUGAUGAGCAAAUAGAAGCUGAGCUUUACAAGUUGAUGACAAUGCAAAUAAGGGUCUUCAUUGUCCACAUGUUACCUCAACUCGGGUCUCGAAUAUUUGAGAAAGCAAAGAAGUUGGGGAUGAUGGAUGAAGGUUAUGCUUGGAUAGUGACCACUGGAAUUUCCAACCAGUUUGGUUCGUUUAAUCCAUCUUUUAUCGUGGAAAACAUGCAAGGGGUAUUGGGUUUGAAAACACAUAUCCCAAAAGAGAAAGAAGCGAGUUUUAGAGUUGCAUGGAAAGGGAAAUUCCAACAAGAAAAUCCAACUGCUGUUGAUGUGAAUUUGGAUAUCUUUCGAUUGUGGGCUUAUGACUGUGCCAAGGCACUAGCCAUGGCAGUAGAACAUGUUGGCAGUGGUAGAAACUUCACCUUCGAAAAGAUGAAUUCUGGUAGUUCCAGUGAUUUAGAGAAUUUUGGGGUCUCUCAGAUUGGUCCUCUUGUCCAAGCGCUACUCGGUACAAGUUUUAUAGGGAUUUCAGGAAAUUUUAGUCUCGUAAAAGGGCAACUACAAUCAUCAACUUUUGAGAUUGUGAAUCUGAUUGGAAAUGGGGAAAAGGUGAUUGGAUUUUGGACAUCCCAAAAAGGACUAGUAAGAAACUUCAGUUCUGCUUCUAAUGCUAGUCUUGGAUCUAUUUUAUGGCCAGGAGACAUCUCCUCUGCUCCAAGAGGUCGGAAGAUUCCUACAAGUCCCCAGAAAAAGUUAAAAAUUGUAGUUCCAGUCAAGCAAGGGUUUAAUGAAUUUGUGAAAUCGACAUAUGAUCGUAGCAUUAACACAACCAGGGUCAUUGAUGGAUACUGUUUACAAGUCUUUAAAGCUGUAAGUCGAGCAUUACCCUAUGCUUACGAAUUUUAUGCUUAUGCAAAGCCUAAUGGUGAGAGUAAUGGUAGUUACGACGAUGUGGUCAAGGAAAACUAUGAUGCUGCAGUAGGGGAUAUAACCAUUACAGCGGACAGGUUCCUGGAUGUUGACUUCACAUUGCCAUACACAGAAUCCGGGGUAUACAUGAUUGUGCCCCUUAAAGACCACAGUAAGAACACUAGGGUGUUUUUGGAUCCUUGGACUUGGGACCUGAAAAGAAAUGGAAUUGGUUGA